AUGCCAGAAGGCGAAGAGCGUUCUGCAGCCUUGAUGGCUCGAGCCGCGGUCGCCAAGAGAAAGCAGCAAGAGAAGAACAGCAUGUCUAUGCCUCUCCAACAGCCAUCCAGGAAGUCCACACCCGCCGAACGUGGAAGCAAGUAUACCGAGGACAAAGCCACAACAAGAGCCAGCAAUGUGCCCUCCGCGAAGGCGCCGACCAGCCAGGCCAGUAGCACGCUCCUUUCUCCCCCCCGACAGUCUACUCUAGACUCUAUCGGUAGUACGUCCAGGAAGAGCGCGACCAUGACAACUGCUGUCCUAGCUCCGCACCACCAUGUUCCAUCUGGGUCGCUAGACAAGAAGGAUGGCAGUUUCGGACUGCAAGCAGCCCAGACCAAGGUCGAAAAGAGAGCCGAGCAGAAGCCAACAACUCAGUCCUAUUCCCCUUUCUAUAAGCUGCCCACAUCCCAACAAACUCUACGACAAAAAGGAGACCGAGAUUCGCGGGUUCUCCAUGAGGGCGGAGAGCUGCAUGAGACGCAGCGGCGGUCAGGCUCAAGGGGGCAGCGAAACUCCAGACCGUCAGCACAUGCCAAGACGCAGCCGCUGGUUGAGGAUGCUGGUGAUCGCCAUCUACAAACCCUUCUCAAAGGGAACUUACGCACUUGGUUCUAUUAUCUUUACGGCAAGAUGACUGGGAUUGUACAGGCUAACGGGCUUUCGGUCUCUAACAUCCUCUCAAACCUCCAAGAUACGCUCUACCAGGUGAUUGCCAGUGUCUAUGCCAUCACUGCUUUUGUCUGCAGGUUCAUAUGCAGGUUCAUAAGGGUACUGACAUCGUGGCAUAAGCUGCUGGGGCUCUUGAUAUUUAUCUGUCUGUGCGGUUAUGCUAUUGACGCUGUUCUCAGUCUGCCAGGAUUUCGCCAGAUCCACACAUUUCUGGCCGUGUUGUACCGAGCCUUGGGGCAGGAAUCAACCUCCAGUUCCUCAACAUCUCUAGAUCAACAGCCACAAGCUAGUGAGGCCUCUAUGAAACUUCGGGGCUACAUGGAUCAGAUCAACCAGCUCCCUUUCAGCUCGGGAGUACUUUAUAGACCUCUACCCCCUCCCCAAGAGGAAGAGGAAGGAGACGAUGGAUUUCAGACUAUUCCGGUUUAUUUGCAGCUUAUUUCUGGCUCGGCAGCUGUUACUGACAACGCUAUAUGCCAAGGAAACAAGAUCCCUUGCGACGGCAAGGAGGAUUCGGGAGACGGCUGCUUUUGUCGCAUUCAACCCUUGGUCAAAGCAGGCCAGAACGAGAUUACGCAGCCGUCAGCACCCCCCUAUUCCGAGGCCAGCAAUAGGCUGGAGGUUCAACUAGAAGACCAGUGGCGGAAUUUGUAUGGAUCCAUCUACAAUGCCUCGUCUAGAUAUACUAUCUUGUCAGAAUGCUUAACAGCCGAGUCUCAACAGCUGGCUGACCUUGUCGAGGCUAUGACCACGAGGCCAGCGGCAGACCUUCAGCCAACAAGGUUUGCUCAAUGGUGGUUAUAUCUAUCUCCGAUUACGACACGUUGCCCUCGAAAGGCGCUUAUUAUGGAGCGUAUCAACAAGUUGCAGGCCAUCAUGAGCCGUCUUCAUAGCUGCCUCGCACAGUUCCACGGUCCCUACAAAAGGGGGAUUGCACAAGACCCCAUCAUGAUCCAACUCGAAUUGGCCAACGCUGCAUCCUUCAAAUACCUCGAGCACUACUUUUCCGAAUCACCCAGGCCAGAGCAAACCUGCCCACUAUCCAUGCCACAAAGCCAGGCUGCCAUCACUGCCUGCUUGAGCUUCGAUCAGGCUAAUCUGGCAAUCAGCCUUCAUUCAAAAGUUCUCACUCUAACCAGCCGCCUGCUUUUCUUAAAUAACGACCCCAGGUCCUUGAAAUUUCUCAGGGAAUCCCUCCAGGAUAUUAAGGUGAGAGUGGGGCGCGCCGACGACAGCAUCACCCCAGCUAAGGCGCUGUUUUAUGAAGAUCAGUUAGCGGAGAUUAUUUCGGAAUUCUUGAAAUCCUCUGCCGAGUACUGGAUCUAG